GAGCUAUUCACUACGCAAUCAACUCUCUUUUCUCUUCGCACGGCAUCCCUCUUGCCUCAGUUUAAAACACCGCGCUCUGUCACUCUCUGGAACUCUUGACACCAAACCUUCGACGAAAUAGCAGUCCUUGCAGAGCUCAGUACGGCGAGCCCAUGGGCGCCGACGACGGCCACCGCCCGCACCCCACGGCGCAGGACCGGCCGAUCCCGUGCGAAGAUGGUUCCCGCCAUGCUCAGUUGGACAACCUUCUCCCGAGGCAGCCACACGUCGCCGAAGGGCAGCAAGUGAGCGAGCCGAUGACCUACGCUAUCGGGGGCAAGGUCCUGCUCGCCGCGGCGGGGGCGUUCGCGGGCGUGCUCCUGGCGCUCUUCGCGCUGUACCUCUACAAUAGAUCCUGGCGCCGACGAGUCAGCGGCGGUCGGCGCAGGCUGCUCCGGAGUCUGGCCAUCGCCGGAGCCGGCGAUGACAGCCGGGACGGCGGCGGCGCGGCGGCAUCGUCGCCGCGCGGGCUCGACCCCGCGGUGCUCCGCGCGCUGCCCGUGGUCGCCGCAGGCGCCGGAGACGGGGACUGCGCGGUCUGCCUCGCGGACCUCGAGCCGGGGCAGAAGGCGCGCGCGCUGUCGCGGUGCGGGCACCGGUUUCACGUCGAGUGCAUCGACACCUGGUUCCACGCGAACUCCACGUGCCCGCUCUGCCGCGCCGACGUCGAGGCACCGGAUGCGACCAACGCAACCAAGGAGGCACAGCCGGAGGUGCGCAUAGACGUGGCUGGAGACGCCGUGGCGGCAGCCAAGGCACCGAUGGCGCCGGCGAUGGGGAGGCUGCCGAGCGGCACGGAUCUUGAGAAGACAAGGCGGAUCUUUGCUUCGACCCGAUCCGCUUCCUUCUGAAAGGCUCCGGCAGGACUCGGAAGGUUCCUUUGUUUUUCCUACACGGAUCUGAUCUCGAUUGAUCAAUCUUCUCGGGGCGUUCUGCCAUUCGACUGUACAUAGAUUUGUUGAUGAUGCUGGCCUGGGUCUACCUUGUUUUGUACGAUUUUUGAUCGAUGAAUAUCAUUUCCUUGUUAA